AAUGGUCGAAAAACGUCGCCGGUUAAACAACGCUUUAAAUACUCGAAAACCUGGAGAAGGAAAAUUAAAAGGAUUGAUGGGAGGAAUUAAUUUGGGGCCUAAAGCAAGAAAUCCAAUGUGUGCGAGAUGUACGGCACAUGGAAAAGAAAGUGCUUUGAGGGGACAUAAAAAGGCAGUCUGCCCUUUUCGAAUUUGUGAAUGUGAAAAGUGUGGUUUAGUGGAAGAGAGACGUCGUCUAAUGGCCGCCCAAAUCAAACUAAGACGUCGCCAAAAGAAGGCACGUGAAGGAGGAACAGAUGACGGAAGUAUUGACGACGAUACAGAAUUUUGUGAAAUAUUGAAUUCCUCCUCAAGUCCUCUAAUUGGAAUAAACAAAGAAAUAAACAACACAAAAAUAAUUUUAACCAAACAACAAAAAAAGCCUCGACAACAAUACAAACCUAGAAAACAAUGGAAUAAUUCAAACAAUUUUUUAAUUGAAUCAAGAAAAGAAUUAAAUUUUGGAGGGGGACGUUUGAGUCUCGAAAAACACCAACAAACAACAAAUUUUCAACAUUUUCAAGAUCAAUUUUCUUCAAAAAUAAAUUUACAACAAAAACAACAAGCUUCUCUAAAUUUAUUUUUAAAUAAUUCUACUCCACGUCAAUUUAAUCCUCUUCUCCCCCAACAACCCCAACCGCAACCCACUACACCACAGAUUACUUCCAAUUUAAUUUCUGCCUAUUUAAAUUCUAUAGCUUCCCAACACCAACAGCAGCAACAGCAACAAUCAUCAUCUUCAAUUAAUUCACAACAUAUUUUUGUUGCUUCCCAACCUAUACCUUUACAACAACAACCAUUAACUCCUUUACAAAUAGCUACUUUAGUUAAUAAUACACAGCAACAAAAACAACAACAGCAACAACUUCCUCUUCUUCCUUCUCUUCCAUCUUCUCUUCUUCCUUCAACUACAAAUCCUUCUCUUCCUCUUCCUCCUCUUCCUAUUUCUUCCACCUUUCCCCUUCCUUCAUCUUCCACCAUCAACACCUCUUCACCCCCUUCACAAAAUCCUUCUCUUCUUCCUCUUCCUUUCCAACUUCCUCCUUCUUCUCUUCCUCUUCCUUCAUCUUCCACCAACUCUUCCCCUCCUUCUUCUUCCUCUUCCAAUUUAAUUUAUGAAUGGCUAUAUUCAUUACCAACUUCUUUAUUAGCCCAAAUUCCCCCUAUUAAUUUAAUUCAACCUCCACAACAACCUUUUGAUUCAACACAACAAACAAAUUUACAGUCAACCCUUCAAACAUUAAAUUUUAUGAGACUUAAUAAUAAUUUGGCAGAAAAUUCAAAAGCUAUGGAAACUGAAGAAGAAAAUGAGGAUGACAACAGGAAGAGGGCUACUGCUUCUGAAGGGAUACAACAAUUAAGUGACAGAACUCCAGUGCUUUUCUCCACACCACCACUAACACAACAAACAUUAACAAACAAUGUUACCCUAACCAAUUUAAUUAAUCCGUUAAUCAUUCAACAACAAACAAUUAUUCCUUCACAAGAAUUGUCUACUUCUUCAAGUAAUUUGAAUAAUUCUUCAAAUAAUCCAUUUUGUAUAAAUUCAAUACUUUCAUUAUUUAAUCAAGUUUCCCAACAACAACAAUGA